AUGUCAAGGUCAUACAGUACUGAGACUCCUUACCGCCGCUCUCAGUCCGUCACCAGCCAUUCACAGCAGCAUCGCGGCACUCCCGUGCUGGAGGAACAGAGCUAUAUGAACGCAUUUAGCCCUCCGCCCAACAGCGUAUACGUCAUGGAGACACAACAGGAACACAGCGGCGACGCGGCCCCCGAUGGACGACGUUCCACGCGUCAACUGCCGCCCGUGGACCAGAAUGGCUCGUUCCGCCUGCGUCACGGCACACGCGGCAUGUCUGGCGCGUCCAGUGGCUUCGUGACGAUGGACAACAGCAGUACUAUCAGCAGCUCCAGCGGCAACUACAUCGACGCCAUGAGUCUCAAUAACAACAUGAGCGCUACAGCACAGCAGCCUCUGAUCUCGACGCCCCGCGCUACGCAGAAAAACAUCGUUCGUGUUAUCGACAAGGACAUGACGCAGCAGUUCCGUGGCCGCUCCAAGUCCGUCGGACAGGGACGUAUCCGAUGGUUCGAGAACCGCAAGUCUCAGCUCCUUGGUUUCUGCCUUACGAUGGCAUUUCUCGGUGUGUCUGUAGCCAUGUACAACUACCGCUGGACGGGUCUUAUCGCAGGCUCAGUCAAUACGAUAAUCUGUGGCUCUGCUGUCGUCAUCACGUAUUGCCGCAAGAAACAAUGGCAUCAACACCCGAACCCGAUCGUGCACAACCGCUCUGUUCUGAGUAUCUUCAUGGCUAUCUGCUUGUUAUUGAACGUGCUGGUGGACUUCGACCCUAGUGGAUCCAAUACGGACUGCCAGCGACUCGCAGGUAUCACGGAAUUCUUCUUCUUCACAGGCGAGGCGUGGGGUCUCGUCAUGGCUUGUGAUCUUUUCUUCUCGCUCACGAGUCCGUUCACGAGCUACAAGCGAUUGAUGAAGUUCUAUCACCUGUGGGUGUGGCUGGGAGGUAUCACGAUGGGUGUAAUCACGUACGCUGUACAGGGCGCCGGUGGCUUCUUCACUGUGGACGGCCAGUCGAUGACGUACAACUCGGACACGGACACAGUUAUUGGAUUUUGUCUUGCGUCGUCAAGAAUUUGCUGUGACUCUGGUGAAACGUGCCCGGAUGAUGUGGAGAAGUGCUCGACCACUGCGAGCUUCUUGAACGCACAGAAAUGGCCCUGGAUUUUGAUUUACGCUUUUGUGCUUCUGGUGCUGUUCGUGUCUGUAUGCGUUCUGACGUUGGCUUGGCAUCGACUUUACCUGCGCGGUGUCCCCAAGACGUACAACAUUCGGCUUCGUGUGCUGAACUACAUUUCAUUUUUCACCGGUGCCUACGUAUUUUACUGGCUGCUCUUGCUGCUGCUGUACAUGUGCGCAUACUUCUUGUCGACGAAGAGCGAUACGUCGAACUCGAAGGCUGUUGCACAGGUGCUGCGUCAGCUGGUCAUCUUCCUAAUCUCGUCCAAGGGAUACUUGGACUAUGUGAUCUGGUUUGCGGUGAACAACAUUGAGCGAAAGGGUGGAAAUGGACGGGAAGAGUCAGCUGACGUGGAUGUCGAUUUGAGUCCACAGGUGAACACUGCACUGCGGUCAGAGAUUCUGUACUACACCACGUCUGGUAUUAAGGAGUCCGUUCGUGCAGUGACGGACGAGUUGAUCUCGAUCCCGAUCUCGGGGGAAAGCGAAGCCGGCAAGUCGAUUAAGUUCUGGUCGUUCUGCCCCGCUUCAUUCCGUAACAUUCGUCUGACGUUUGGAAUCGGCGAUGCUGACUACAUUCAGAUGUUUGGAGCUACUACAAAGGAGCGAUUCAGUGAAGGUCGCAGCGGUGCCUUCAUGUUCUAUACGUCGGAUGAAAGCUUGAUUGUCAAGACAAUGUCGCCCGAAGAGUGUGCGUUCUUGCGCAAGAUAGCACCCAACUAUGAGGCCUACAUGACCAGCAACCCGGACACGCUCCUAACGCGGUUCUACGGCUGCCACUCCGUCUCGUUAUAUGGCAAAAUGUACUACUUCGUGGUCAUGGGUAACUUGUUUGCAGACACGGAUGUUGUACACCACCGAUACGAUAUCAAGGGAUCAUGGGUGGAUCGUAAUGCAAAGGUUCCGAGUCCUGGUGACAAGACCGCGUGUCGCUAUUGUAACGCGUCGUACACGUUCGGUAGCACCAAGAACCAGGAAUGCGGUGACGGUAUGAACUUCCACGAGCCCGAUAUUGUUCUCAAGGACAACGACUUGAUGACCAAGAUCCGUAUCGACCCAGCCACGGCACACCGCAUCUACGACCAGAUUCAUAAGGACAGCGACUUCUUGUGCUCGCAGGGCAUCAUGGAUUACAGUCUACUCAUGGGUAUUCAAAGCUCCGAGUACUUUGUCGACACGAGCCAGCUGCAAGCUCGUCGCGGAGUGCUCUUCACACAACCAGCGACGAGUGUGGCUGGUCCGUCACUCUACCAUUUCGGUAUUAUUGAUUUCUUGCAGCAGUGGUACGACGUUGGAGAAGAAGAUGGAGCGCUUCUACAGACCUUCUUCAAGCGCAAAGACCCCGAAGCGUCUCUGCGUUUGCCGCCGAAGCCGUAUAAGUUCCGAUUCCAGCAGAAGAUGUCACGCAUCUUUGCGCUGUCGACCCACACUCGCGCCGAGAAUGACACGGCAUUCAACCCACAAUUACCCAGCGCUGAUCGAUGUGCUCGACCAGGGCAAUUUCGAUACCCAACGCCACAACACGUUCGUCAACAACUCGGUGGUGGACCAGCGACCGGUUUUCAACCCGGAUCUGCAACAGGACAUCCGCGCGGUGUAGAUAUUCCCAAAGCGUAAUGAGUUAAGCAAAGGGAUCUGGUAUGUGACGCGAAGCGAGCGCCAUGUUACUUGAACCCCCAUUUUGAUAAAUAGGAACAAGAAUGAGCAUCAUUUUAUAAGCAACUUG